GGAAAUUGUGUACAUUUUCCUUUUUUUCUUAAUGCUUUAUUUCCUUAGGCAACAAUAAUAAUUGAAGCUUAAUGAAAUGUCUGCUUUAGCUGAAUAAUAAUGCAUUAAUAACAAUAAUAAUAAUAAUGUACUGCAUGAUAGUUGUUAAGGACUAUCCAUGAACUUGCCAUGAUGGAGAACAUGUCUUAUCCUGUGAUACUGACCCUUAUGGUGCCAAAAGAAACUAAAUCAUAUAGACAUGUAUAUUUUAUUUGUUUUCUUGCCUUAUAUCUCUUUAUAUUGUCUAUAAAUAUUCUUCUUGUUGGGGUCAUUUUCAUGGAGAAAGCACUUCAUGAACCAAUGUACAUAUUCUUGAGUCAUCUGUGUAUAAAUGGGGUUUAUGGAGCCACAGGAUUCUACCCUAAAAUGCUGUCUGAUUUAAUAUUGGAUUCAUAUGUGAUCUCCUUUCAUAUGUGUGCUCUGCAAACCUAUGUUAUCUACAGCUCUUUACUUUCUGAGAUCACAAUAUUAACAGUGAUGUCUUAUGAUAGAUAUGUAGCCAUAUGCAAACCUUUAGACUAUCAUUCCAAAUUAACUAAAAACACCUGUGUUAAAUUAAUUCUGUUUUCAUGGCUUGUUCCCAAUUUCUUUGGUGUUAUAGCCGCUCUGUUAGCAAACUUGAGGUCUAUUUGUAAAUAUCACAUUGACAAAUUAUAUUGUGACAACUGGUCAAUUGUAAAACUGUCGUGUGUGUCAUCUUUUGUAAAUAAUGUCUUUGGAUAUGCCAUUGCAGUCACAUUUGUUUGCUUUAUAGUUUUCAUCAUAGUGUCCUAUGUAAAACUGAUAUCUGCGUGUAAAGCAUCUUUAGAAAACAGAAGGAAAUUCUGGCAAACAUGUCUGCCACACCUAUUUACACUGAUAAAUUUCACUUUUGCUUUCCUUUUUGAUUUCAUGUAUAACCGAUAUGGUGCAAAUGAUAUUCCAGAGAGUCUGCGUAAUUUUUUGGCCUUAGAACUGGUUAUAGUCCCACCUGUUUUUAGUCCUCUAAUCUAUGGAUUAAAUAUUAGGGCAGUGCGCAAAAGAGUUUUUAUUUCAUGUGUUGCAGCAAGAGAAAAUGUUUCACAAAAGGUCCACAACUUAAUUAUGUAAAAACUGAUACAUGCUAAAUAAAUAAAUAAAUACAUAAAAUUUGGCUUUAUAAAUGAAUAGUGACAAACUUUUUAACAAGCAUAUUUCUGGUGUGAUGUAUGUAAAACUGUGAAAUAUUUUGAAUCUAAUGAACACCCAGCCUAAGCAUGUUGUCAAUGGCAUUGAUUCACAUAUCUCAAAUUGUACAAUCAUAUUACAACACUGUAUUUUUCAAUGGAAGUCAAAGGGAACAGACAUUGUUUGGUAACCAACAUUCUUCAAAAUAUCUUCUUUUAUCCUCUUAUCUUCUUUUAAGAAAAAAAAAUGCAUAGGUUUGUAACAUGAGGUAAAUUAUGACAGGUUUUUAAUUUUUUUGGUGAACUAUCGCAAUCCAAAAGUAAUAAUGCACAUGUGCAAGAAUUUAGCAGUAGGAUGAUUGCCUCAAAAUUCCAUUUAGUCUUUGC